AUGACAGACAAUUUCCUCACAUAUCUAUCUAUUGUUUUCCAAAUCUUUCUAACUCUGUCCACCCUGACUCAGAUUUUCACAUCUAUCUAUCUAGGUUUUAUUGGUCUAUAUAUCUCAGUUUUAUCUAUCGCUCUCAGUUUUCCCAAUCUAUCUGUCUCUCAGUUUUUCCUGUCUAUCUCUCUCAGUUUUUCCCAGCUAUCUCUCUCUCUCAGUUUUUCCCAACUCUCUAUUUCUCUCAGUUUUCAUCAUCUUUCUCUCUCUCUCUCUCUGUUUUUUCCACCAAUCUAUAGCACUCAGUUUUUCCCAUCUAUCUCAGUUAUCUCAAUCUAUCACUCUCUCUCAAUUUCCCCCAUCUCUCUCUCUCUCUCAGUUUUCGCAAUCCCUCUCUCAGUUUCCCUAUCUCUCUCUCUCUGUUUUCCCAAUCUACCUCUCUUAGUUUUCCCUAUCUAUCUAUCUAUCUAUCUAUCUAUUGUUUUCCAAAUCUUUCUAACUCUGUAUAGUUUUCCCAAUCUAUUUGUCUCUCUUAGUUUUCACUAUCUUUCAAUAUUUUUCUUCCAAAAUAAAAUUCAGUCAUCAUGUAAGAGUUCCUUUAAUCCAUAUUUCUUUUAUGAAAAUAUAGUGACUUCUUUUAUAUCAGCAGAAGAAUUCCCAGUAGACUUGUAA